CCUUGGCUCCAGAGCUUCAAAACGUUGUUUUCCUCCGCUGGCAGUGGCCUAAGCAGUUCGAGGCCAUGUCGCGGCAUUCCAAGCAUUCCAAUGACCGCAUGUUCUUCACGGCGAAAGAGCGUGCGGAUGCUGGCUACUCCAAGACCCGCAAGGAAGUCAUGGGCACCGACUGUUUCCUUCCCUUCGGCUUCUGCGGGUUGUCCCUGAAGGCGCCCAAGGACCCAGUAGCAACGCCCGAUGGCAACAUCUUCGAGCGAGAAUCCAUUUUAGAAUGCUUGCUACAGCAGAAGCUUGAUAUCCAGGCACAGCAAAAGAAAUUUGAGGAGCAGGAGCGCAAGAAGGAGCAAAGACUCCAAGCGAUGGACAAAGAGGAAGAGAUCAAACAGUUGGAAGAGUUUACCCGUGCCGAGCAGGGACUCCUCUCUCAGGACCAUAGACACAAACGUGCACUGGAACAAGCGGACUCCAAAAUCGAUGGCAUGCCUGAAAAGAAGCUUCGAAAAGGAGAGCUGAUGAAGGUGGAUAAGAGCCAGCUGAGAGCUAAGAGCUUCUGGACCAAGGAGUUCACGCCAACAGCAGCUCCAACAGAGAUCAAGAAGGUGGAUACCACCACCAGAUGUCCUAUGACGGGUAAAAAGCUCAAGGUCAAGGAUUUGAUUUCUGUGAAGAUGGAGGUUGCCGACCAGAAGCUCUUGGACCAAGGUGGAGGCAAAGGCGUCUUCUGUUGCGCAGUCUCCAAGAACCCAAUCGUGUUCCAGCAGGCAGUGCUUUUGAAGCCCUCUGGAGUGGUGAUCUUGGAAAGCGUUUGGAAGGACAUCGUCAGCAAGGAGAUGAAAUGCCCGGUGACUGGGAAGAAGUUGAAGGGUGAAGAGGACCUCCUGAGACUCAGCACUGGUGGUUCUGGCUUCAGUGCCCACAACGACGUUGAAGCCAAGUCCUUCUCGAUGAUCCGCAGCUUUGCUGGGGACAAUCGAACCCAGCAAGGGCAUUUGCCCAGAGCCGGUUUCGCAGGGCUCCACUGAGUUAUCGCCUUCACCCAAUUCGUGGUGUGGGUGUGCUGUGCCCGAUUGGGUGCGGCGUCGCAAAUGCACCGCCGGCAGAGCGCUGGCUUCAAAAUGAUCGGCGGGCGGUGGACAGCGUUGUCUUCAGAGUUGGC